AUGGAAAAAACUUUAUUUUGUGCCCUCCCUCUAGGACAGCGCCUCCAAUGCCCGGAGUGCCUCGAGGGGGGGAUACAGUGCGUGAGAAAGAGAGAGGGCAUUAAACGCCAUCUUAAUCAAGAACACGGGGGGGGAUGGGACAUCUCCUUUGUAUGCUGCGACGUGGAAUUUUCCUGCCGGCAACACCGCUAUGCACUGAAGCAAGCCAAGGCUCACUUCGCGGAAGAACAUCCGGGGGCCGACUUUCUUCUUCCUGAGGAGGAGUUUGGCUUGUGCUCGUCAUCGUACAACGCUCUUCAGGAAAAGAUAAUCGGCAUUGCUGCCCCCAUCCGGCCCAGGACUCCGCCCACUGCUUCCCCUUCCACCUCGGGAUCCUCGUCGCCAGCGCUCUCCCCCCCCCGCCCUCUAGUGCGCGCGCACACUGCGGCAGCCAUCGCGCGCAACGCUCACCGCCGCCGAAUCAGGGAGCGGAAUGUUACCCCUCCUCGCGAGCCGCUGCCUGCCCCGCCUCCGUCACCCGUGCUUCCCGUAGUGUCCCCGCCCACCCAACUGCCUCGCCACGCCCAGGGAGCUUCACCUCCAGUCCCGCCUGCGUCUCCAGCCACCACCAUCGGCUCGCCGGCCGCGCCUACUGCUGGGCCUCCCUCUCCACCUCCGCCGGGCCCACCAUCAUCUGCUGGCUCCACCCCUCCUGGCUCGCCGGCCUCCUCGUUGGCCGACCAUCCUGCCUUCGAGCUCUCGGCAUGGCAGCGUGAGUGGGUGGCCAAAUUCAACCCGGAGAUGGACUGGGACGAGUUCCUGCAUGCCCUCGACCUACUCGUCGCCUCUGUGACGUCGGCAUCUGCGCGGCCUGGGCAAGAUCGACGGGGAGACAACCGGGAUGGCCGACCACCUCGGACCGCUCGACCACCUCAGACCACUGGACGCCAUGAUGCCCGGGAAGCCAUGCGCCUUCAGAGACUGUACCGCCGGGCUCCACGACGGGCAGUCCGCGAGGUCCUGAAGGCUGCCUCACCAUUCUGUGGCAUUCCUGGAGCCGCCAUCGAGGACCACUUCAGGGACAGCUACUCUCCCAGGGAGGGGAGCGUGGGGACUCCGCCCCCUAACUCUAGUCUCCCUGCUGCACCCCCACCACCGCUCCUGGAUCCCACGUCCCCUGGGGAGGUCCUCUCCCUCCUCCGCCGGACCUCUAACACCGCUCCUGGCCCUGACGGUAUCAGGUAUGGAGUAUGGCGUCGUCGGGACCCUUCCGGCCAUGUUCUUUCCGCAGUCUUCAAUGUCUGCCUGGCGGCUAAGCGGUUUCCGCCCGCCUGGAAGGUCUCGACGACUGUACUGAUCCAUAAAAAGGGUCCGGUGGGGGACAUCAACAACUGGCGUCCUAUUGCCCUGUCCAACACCUGCGGGAAGCUGUUCUGCAGCCUUCUGGCCAAUCGCCUUACUGGGUGGGCCUCCGCCAAUGGGCUCCUGUCAGGAGCCCAGAAAGGGUUUACCCCCGCGGAGGGCUGCCUAGAGCACAAUUUCCUGCUACAGGAACUCCUCGAUGAGGCACGUAGGCGUGGAGGGGAGCUGUGCAUUGCCUGGCUUGACCUGGCCAAUGCAUUUGGGAGUGUCCCCCACUCCUCUCUCUUCUCCGCCCUGCGCUCUGCCGGUCUGACCGCCGACCAACUGCGGCUCAUCGAGGACCUGUACCAGGGAAGUGUCACAUCCAUCCGACACAAUGGCGGUGUAACGGCCGAAAUCCCUUUCGGUGCAGGUGUGAGGCAGGGCUGUCCUUUGUCUCCCCUCCUCUUUAAUUUAGUCAUGGAGACGCUGAUCCGGCCCCUCACCGCGAUGGAGGAUGUUCAUGGGGCCGACCUGCACGGCACGCGUAUCAGUGUCCUGGCGUACGCGGAUGACCUGGCCUUGGUUGCCAGGUCUGAAGCCUCGCUUAGGGCACUGCUUGAGGCCGUAAUUCCGGCGGCCUCGUGGGUCGGCCUCAAAUUUAAACCGAACAAGUGUGCUACACUCCAUGUGGCGCGGCGUGAGGUGAGGCCGACAGCGUUUUCCAUCUACGGCUCCCCACUUAGGGUCCUGGGUGAAGGCGAGCCGUACCAACACCUUGGUGUACCCACUGGCAUGAGGGUUGAUCAAACCCCGGUGGACACCAUUUCACGGCUUGAAGGUGAGGCUGCCGCCAUCUUUGGGAGUCUGCUUGCGCCCUGGCAAAAGCUCCAUGCCCUGCGCACGUUCCUGAUCCCGCAAUUGAUCUUCAACCUUAACACCGCGAGGAUCAGGAAGACGUGUUUGCGUGGGCUGGACAAUAUUGUCAAAGCGGGCUGUAAGCGGACUUUGAACCUCCCUGCUAGAGCGAGUGCUGAGGUGGUCGCACUCCCACCCUCCUGGGGGGGAGCUGGCCUUCUGCCAUUGGCCGACCUCUCAGACCUCGCUGCUGUUGCCCACGCCUUCCGCCUAUUGACCUGCCCAGACCCCAAGGUCGCACACCUAGCUCUUGAAGGCCUCGCUGUGUCGGCCGGUCAGCGGUCUGCUGCUAGAGCAGACCGAGAGUUCCUUGUGGCCUAUUUGAAUGGGGACUUCGCUGGCAACUCCAACGUAGAGACCACCUUUUCUCUGGCCCGGGCUGCCCGGAAUCGCCUCUCCAAGCGGCUCCCCGACCUUCGUUGGGGAUGGUGCGGGGAGAGGGAUUCAUUCCAGCUGACUGUCCCGGGUGAAAGAUCCACCUCCAUUGUGGACAGGGGCUCCCGGUCCAGAGUGUCAUCCUGCCUGCGGUCGGCUAUGCAGUUAUUUUAUCGUUCUGCAUUGUCUGCUAAGCCGGACCAAGGUAGGGUGAUGAGAGUUGCCGCUGCGUGCCCCACCUCAAAUCACUUCCUGUACGAAGGUCGCCACACGAGGUUCGCUGACUGGCGAUUCAUCCAUAGGGCGCGCCUCAAUGUUUUACCCUUAAAUGGAUGCAGGCGCUGGGGUGCUGGGGACCGGCGUUGCCGCCGAUGUGGUCGUCAUGACGAGACCACGGCCCAUGUGCUUUGUCACUGUCUUCCUUCCAUGGCCGUGGUCACAAAACGUCAUGACGCCGUCCUUGGCCUCCUUGCGGCAUCCGUUCGACCAUCUCCUGGGGUUGAGGUGCGCCAGAACCAGCGAGUGCCUCUCGACCAGCUGCUGCCUGAGCGUAACGUCCCCGACAACUUGGCUCGCCUCCGGCCUGACUUGGUGGUCAUCGACCGUGACCGUAAAUUAAUUAAAUUGGUCGAUGUCACCAUGCCGUACGAGGACGGAUGGCAGUCCAUUAUUGACGCACGGGAGAGGAAAUACGCCGCAUAUGAUCCCCUCGCCCAGACUCUCCGAGCCGGCGGUUACCGUGUCACCGUGGACGCCUUUGUUGUCGGCUCUCUGGGCGCGUGGGACAAAGCCAAUUGGGGGACCCUGGCCCGACUAGGUGUCUCCCGGCAAUAUAGUGUGGCCCUCUCCCGUAAGUGUGUCUCCACUGCCAUCCGCUGGAGCCGGGACAUAUAG